CUGACGGUGGAGAUAUAGCUGACGCUGUGAGGAUAUUGUUGCUCAUGCUUCGCUUUUCCCUACGGUGUACUUGCAGGUGUACUUGCAGUAGUAAAUAAAAUAGGGCAGAAUAAAGCACUUUUGUCGGAUUUACUCAUGGAUUUCCAACAUAUUACUCCAUAAAAAGAAAGACCUGAGUCGCCUCAUCUAAAGAAAGAUGAUGGGUUCUUGACGCAAUAAUAAAAUAAUAAGGGGUUCCGCUGUAUGUACGUAGGUCCAGACAUCAAGGAUGUGACAGCGCCCUUACCGGAUCCAGCCUAGCCUAGGGUUUAUCGGUGUUCAAUCUGUCUUACACCCAUCUCACGCCGACAUGCCGACACCACCCACUGGCCGACUGGCACAUGCCGAGGACCAUCCUCAGUCCUCAUACCCAACCCCCUCCACCUCCCACGGCGGAAUUCCACGAAAAACACUGUGACAAUCGCGACAGGUCGAUGGAGCGCCGUGGGAUUUAUCGAAUAGUUGAAACAAUCGAAGGGUUUACGAUAAUAGUCGGCUUGAGAGCGUGCACAGCUUGUAGCAUGGUCUGAAUUGCAGAUGUCCACCCCCGCAAUACACGAUACAGACAAUACCUGCGAUACGUUAGACGUCAUCACUGCCUUCCAUCCCAGAACACAGCGACCCCGCGCGCCAGAACGAACGGGCUCAGCCUAACGAGGAAGCCGCAGACGCCUCUACUAGCCCUCUUCGUUUCGCGCCAGACUAACGUCGACCACGUUUGCAGCCAUGGACGAGUAUACCAACGGCGCAUUCGCGAACAGAGACGGACGCGUUCCACUUAUACGAGUCGACAGCCCGAGCUCCCAAUCCGAAGCUAGUCACGACCAGCCAGGGAACGAGAAUAAAGGAAAGAACUACUCGAUUCGAUGGAAGCUUGGAGACAAAGCUCGCAAGAUGGUUGGGCGAUCACCGGAUAACAAGGGCGACAAUGGGGAAAAGGCAGGAAAAGGCGAUAAGGGCCCGAGUAUGCAAGACCGCCUAUUAGAGAAGUACGACACUGUCUCGCCCUACUUUGUUUGUACGACGCGUAUGCUAAUACUAUGAAGGCUGAUGCAGCAGGUCAUACCGGUGGAGGACCAGCCCAGAAACCAGGAAGGCUCUCCAUAUUCAAAUCGCAUCGAACCACCUGCCUUCAGCCUCCCAACCAUGUCCGCAAACUUCCGCCGCUUCAACUCCCGCAUCGGGGUCGUCUUUGCCUUCCAAGCACGUGUGGUCCGCCUCCUCAGCUGGCGGAAAUAUCCACACACCAUCUCCCUCCUCGCAGUCUACACUUUCGUCUGUCUAGACCCCCAUCUCCUCACCGUGCUCCCACUCGCCGGCCUACUCCUCGGAGUCUUCAUCCCGUCCUUCAUCGCACGACACCCCGCCCCCCCAGUCACCCUCUCCACAUCCUUCGAAUACUCCCCCCGCGGCCCUGCCCUCGCACCAGCACCAACCGUCAAGCCCGUCAAAGAGCUCUCCAAAGACUUCUUCCGCAACAUGGGCGACCUGCAGAACUCCAUGGAAGACUUCAGCCAGAUCCACGACCAGAUCCUCACCAAGCUCGCUCCACCCAUGAACUUCAGCAACGAGCCCCUCUCCUCCACCGUUUUCCUCUUCCUCUUCAUGUCCACAGCCGUCAUGUUCAUCGCCUCCCACCUCGUCCCAUGGCGCUUCUGCUUCCUCCUCGGCGGCUGGUUUGUCAUAUUCUCCGGCCACCCCGCCGUAGCUAAAAUACUUGCAAGCACCCACGACCAGCACGUUGCGCCGCGCGAAUCGGAGGCGAAAUCCUGGCUCAACACCUGGGUCGCUAAGGACAUCAUGCUAGACAUGGAGCCCGAGACACGGGAAGUCGAAGUCUUCGAACUACAGAAGAUUGAUAACAGGGGUGAAUGGGAACCUUGGCUCUACUCAGCGAGUCCGUACGACCCACUAGCCGCGCCGCGGAUCGCGAACGAAAGGCCGCGGGGGACGCAGUUCUUCGAAAUGGUGGCGCCGCCGCGGGACUGGGAGUGGAGCGAGAAGAAGUGGAAGUUGGAUCUGUGGAGCAGGGAGUGGGUAGAGGAGCGCAUCAUUACGGGGGUGGAGGUCGAGACGGAGGGCGAGAGGUGGGUGUAUGAUAUUCACUAUGAGGGUUCGAAUCCGGAGCCGGGGCUGCGCGAGGCGACGGGGAAGGUGAGCCAGAAGCCGAAGCCGACGUGGGAGGAGGGCGUUGAGGGUGAGGGGAAGAAGGGGCAGUGGAGGAGGAGGAGGUGGGUGAGGUUGGUGAAGAGGGUUGUGGUGACAAAAUCUCCGGGGGAGGGCUGAGAUGAUGAUGAUGAUGAUAUUUAUUUACGUCCAGUGGGACGCGGGUGUAACCCGUGGCCCUAAGACCUCCCGAAGGGUAUAGGGACGUGCUAAGCUAUGGGUUUAUGUAUAGAGUAUGACCUUUAGAGAGCAGUUCUUGCGUGUUUACGUGGCUGUAAGGCCCGUUAACUAAGCGCCUUCCCUGCUAGUUGGGAUGGUGUCAGGUUUGCUAGUAGAGGGCGGUGCCUUAGGGGUUCUCCGGAAAGGGGUUGUAUGCGGGACUAGUUAGUCUAAUGUUAUAAGCUACUACGAGUGUGGUCUGUAGUGUGCCCUACGGUCUUGCUACGGAGUUGCAGCUCUAUAGCUUAGUAGCAGGUGGUAACAUAGUAGAAAAAAUAGAAAUGAGUGUCUUUAAACAAAGUAUAGUGUUGUUAAAGGG